AUGAUUGUUCAUUCGUUUUCCGCCGUUCUUUCAAACACCCGCCCCUCCUCCCGUUACUCACAUAUAUGUCGCACGCACAUCGUUUGCUUAGCUCUUGUCCUGUCGUUGGCAUCUUAUAUUUAUUCCCCCCUAGAUCGGUUGCAUUUGGGACAGGCCUCCUUCUCUACUGCUCCUCAAUAUCCAGGAUUUGUUUGUAUCUUUACGCUCAAUUCUAUCAUAAUACCCCUAAUCCUUGAGAUGCUUCAUUAUUUUCCAUUUUUUUCAUUUUCCGAUUUCCGAUUUUAUAGAUCGCAACACCGCGGUACCAGGGGAGGAAGGAAAGGAAGUAGACUAACCGCGUACUCCGUAUUAGAAGGCAGUCGGCCAAGUGGUCGCGAAGUCCGAGCCUCGAGACACCAUCGCAACAAAAACAUGUCGACCACAACUCGCACUUCCCCCGCACCUCUACCAUCGACGAUAUGGGUUGCCAGCCGGCCUAGCACUACUGGCGCAGACUCGACCUCGACUCCCAUCCAUAUCAGCAUCUACCACCUGACGCUCACGACAGCACGGGCCCUACCAGGCCUCAUCGAAUACCUGAGGGACGUAUUCGCCCGGGUGGUGGAAGAUGGAAUGACCUACCCGCAGGAGGAACCGCUGACCCAGGGGGCGUUCGAGGCGUAUUUCUUCGCUGCCGAUGCCUUCAUCGGGAUUAUCGGCAAGUCGCCGAGGGCGGAUGUGGUCGAUGGAGAGCACCAGGCGACAGAUAUCGACGCUGAAAGGGAUGGGAGGACCUGGGAGGAAGCGGUCGCGGGCUGCUACUACGUUAAGCCCAAUUAUCCAGGACGGUCUUCCCAUAUUUGUAAUGCCGGAUUCAUCGUACCUCCAAAGCAACGUGGAUCGGGAUGUGGAUCUGCCUUGUCGAGGUCCUAUGUCCAUUACGCCCCGCGCCUGGGCUAUCACGGCAGCGUCUUCAACCUUGUCUACGUCAACAACACCGCGUCCGUGAGGCUAUGGGAGAAGCUCGGAUUCACGAAAGCAGGCCGUAUCCCUCAAGCUGGGCGACUCAAAAAGAAGGAUGGAACGGGAGAGGAAUACGUCGACGCCUGGGUCUUCUACAAAAAUUUCAUUCAAGAGUAG